AUGUCGUCAAGCCUUUUUAUCUUGGAUGAAAAUCUGGAGCCACUGGUAUCUAAGAAUAUCAGGGCACUACCGAAUCUGUCGUCGGUUCUUUCGAGCUUCAAACAAUGUUAUCAUGACGAGUCGCCUCCAGUUCUCUCCCAGAACAAUUGGUUCUUUAUACAUUUGAAGAGAGACUUUUUGCAUUUUGUUUCAGUGAUACAUACCACAGACAAACCGAAUAUAGAUUUGAUGACUAUACUAGCCUUUCUAGAACAAUUCUAUCAUCUUUUACAAAAAUACUUUGAAAUCAAGGUCUUAACCAAAAAUGUCAUACUGGACAACGUCUUACUUGUCUUGGAAUUGAUGGACGAAUGCAUAGACUUUGGUAUUGUACAAGUAACAGAUCCAAGUAUUAUCAAGGACUACAUCCGUGUUAAAGUCAAUCUGCCAAAAGUCACAAUAGACAACGAGGAGUGGAGCUCUAAUGAAGAGAGCAGUAGUAGUAGUAGCGGUAGCGAUAGCGAUAGCCAGUACAGUAAUACGAAGAAGAGGAAGGAUAAAAAGAGGAAAAAGAAGAAUAAAAAGAGCACCAAAGGGAAGAAUGUGGGUAAGAACAAAUUAAAAAGUAUAAUGGUAAACAAUAAGGAAAAUAGGGGCAUCAACGUGGUAGAAUCCGUCAAAGAGACACUGAGAAACAAGAAUGAUGCCGGUAAAGAGUCCAUUAAUGAUGAGCUCCCCAAUGAUGGCAAUGAUUUAUACAUCAAUGGAGACAUUGCGAAGACAAUUAUAAUGCCCAUAUCAUGGAGAACAAAGGGGAUACAUUACGCCAAAAAUGAGUUCUUUCUUGAUGUUAUUGAACGUGUGCAGUACUUAAUGGAUUUUGAAAAGGGAGUGAUUAGGAAGAACCUGAUACAUGGAGAAAUUGUAUGCAGGUGCUAUUUGUCAGGGAUGCCCAAACUGAAAAUAUCCAUCAAUAAGAUACUGAACAAAGACCCUCAAUUUAUGUCAAAUUCCAGCUUCCACCAGUGUGUCUCACUAGAUUCCAUAAACACAAUUGAAAAAGAGGAAGAAAAGGAUGAUGAUGAUGAUGAUGAUGCUGGUUCGCAGGCCGCAACAGAUGCAAGAGAAAUCGAAUUUGUACCGCCGGAUGGCGAAUUUGUCCUUUGCCAAUACGAGUUGAAGAGGCAUGUAAAGGAUGCGCCGAUGAUAAAAUUGAAAGGUUUUGAGAUCAAACCUAAACUGAAGAAAUUCAAAAUCCAAAUUGUAACCAAAAUUCAAACAAAUUUCAAACCGACCAAUUCAACAUCGAAGCUCAACGUUAAGAUCCCGCUGACAAAGGUCUUCCAGGAAUAUAAAAUAGACCUCAGCAAGCAAAUUAGGUUCAAGGCCAACAUCGGCAAGGUCGUGUUUAACUUGAGUGACGAUUUUCUUCUAUGGGAGAUACAAACCAUGAAGGGUCACCGGGAACAUAGUACGAACAAUGCCUCACAAGAUAAAAACGACGAAGAUGACCCGAAUACGUGUGCAUCCAUGGUAGCGGAGUUUCCCCUCUUUAAUCAAGAAGAAUAUGACCGUUUGCAAGAAGAAAUGAAAACCUCAAUGAAUCCUCCACCCCUGCGUACGGGACCAAGGCUGGAGGAAUUAUAUAGACAAGUCCACGACCAACAAACUGCCCACGUUACUCCUCGAGAUAAGUUAGUCAACAUUGAUUUCGAGAUUCCGUACUGUACAUGUAGCGGCCUGAAAGUUGAGUACUUGAAGGUCGAAGAGCCGCAGUUGCAGUACCAGUCCUUCCCCUGGGUCAGAUACAAGACCAUCAGCGACGAGGAGUACGCAUAUAUUGUCUGA